AUGCCGGAGCAAAAUGUCGCUUCAGCAGAGUCGCCCAAAGUCGAUACAGGUGAGACAAGCAAUUAUCUGGAUCAGGACCAUCAUCCGCCUCUAAUCAAAGAGGAAACCAGUUAUGAACCAGGUCUAGACGAAUUUGGAGACUUUGGCGACGAAGAUUUCGACGAGGACCCAUUCGAAGAAGGAGAUGAGUUUCGUGAACGCCGUUAUAUGGAGGAACAAGCCAGGCUUGAGGCAGAAGAAGGCGAAAAGGACUAUGAUCCAUUGCCAGUAGAAGAUCAAGAUGUCAAGAUCGAGCCAGCAGACGAGAACCGAGAAUCUGAAAAAGGCGCAUCAUGCCCGAUCUGCAGCAUCAAUCUUGGUGGCGUCAGCGAGCAAGACGCUGGAGUUCAUGUCAACAACUGUCUCGAUGGCAAUCCUACUCCCUUGCCGGGAAGGAAGCCCAUUUCCAAACCCAGAUCCUUACCUGUAGCCUUGAAAUCUGAGAACUCCACCUCUGCGAAGCAAUAUCGACCAAUCCGUGCUCCCAAAGCUGGACAAGCUAAUCCUUUCGACUUUGGCGAAGCUAGCGGCAGCAAUGGCAAGUCUGCAUUCAACAAGCUCAUGUCUGGCCACACGGAAGAAGCUGCAUGGGCUGAAGCGGCGGCAUCCGAGAAUGCUGCUCGUGGCAAGCCGUCAUAUCAGCGCACAUGCCCAUUCUACAAGAUUCUGCCUGGACUAUUUAUCUGCGUUGAUGCAUUUCGCUAUGGCGCCGUGAAAGGCUGCCAGGCAUAUUUUCUAAGCCAUUUCCACAGCGACCACUAUGUCGGCUUGACAUCCUCCUGGAGGCACGGACCAAUUUAUUGCUCCAAAGUCACUGCCAACCUAGUCAAGCAGCAAUUGCGUGUCGACCCGCAGUAUGUCAUUCCCUUGGAGUUUGAGAAGACAAUCGAGGUGCCCGGCACGAAAGGUGUUCGUGUUACCAUGAUCUCCGCAAACCACUGUCCCGGUAGCUCCCUAUACCUCUUCGAGAAAACCAUGGGCAAGCAUUACAAUGGCAACCCUCGCCUGCAGCGCAUUCUGCAUUGCGGUGAUUUCCGGGCUUGCAAGAUGCACGUGCAACACCCACUUCUAAUGCCAGAAGUGCAGGACAAGGUGUCUGGAAAGAGUAGAGAGCAAAAGAUUGAUGUCUGCUACCUGGACACAACAUACCUCAAUCCCAAGUAUGCCUUUCCAAGCCAAGAGGCCGUGAUCAAAGCCUGCGCAGAUAUGUGUGUCUGCUUGAGCAAAGAUAGCCCUGGCGAGGAUGACGGCUGGGAGACGAUGAAACGUCAACGCGCUGGCGAGGGCAUGACCAAAUUUGUCCGGAAAGAUUCGAAUCCCGAAAUCAAAGAGGAGGAACUUGACGAAGAUACCAAGGAUGACAUGAGGACUCGAGGUCGGCUUCUUGUCGUUGUUGGUACGUAUAGCAUCGGCAAAGAACGUAUCUGCCUGGGCAUAGCACGCGCUCUCAAGUCAAAGAUCUACGCGCCGACGUCGAAGCGACGCAUAGUAGCAGCUCUCGAAGACCCGGCGCUGGAUGAGCUCAUGACCGAUGAUCCACGAGCUGCUCAGGUGCACAUGACGCCACUUUUCGAGAUUCGCGCCGAGACACUGGACGACUACCUCAAGGACUUCUUUCCGCAUUUCACGCGUGCAGUUGGGUUUCGUCCAAGUGGAUGGAACUAUCGGCCACCAAAUAGUCGUUUCACGGAAAGCCCUCCGGUCCAGACCGUGCUAAAGUCAGAUAAUUGGAAGAGCACUUAUAGCAUGCGCGACCUUGUUCCUCAACGCGGAAGCUCAAGUCGCGCGAGCUGUUUCGGUGUGCCAUACAGUGAGCAUUCGAGCUUCCGAGAGUUGACAAUGUUCUGCUGCGCUCUUCGGAUUGACAAGAUCAUACCUACUGUAAACGUCGGCAGUGCGAAAGGCAGAGAGAGGAUGAAGGCGUGGUGUGAGCGAUGGGCUGCUGACAGGAGGAAGAACGGCGUCUAUAGGAUCCCGGAGGAUGGUAGUUGGUAG